AUGGCGAAGACUCGCAAAGGCGUCGCUUCCAAAGGUGGAGUCUCCAAGACUCGUAAAGGGUCUGCAUCAAGGGGUAGUAGAGUUGCUACCAAGGCCCACAAGACGACCACCUCCAAGUCCGGCAGCAGGGCUACGCUAAAGUCUGGAAAGGCGGCCCUUUCUAAGACCAGCAAAGCUAAUUCAAGAUCUCGUAAAGGAGCUGCCUCCAAGGCUGGGGAAAAGGUCAAAACUGCAUCUCGCAAGUCUCUCCCCAAGACUAGCAAGGCGUCUUUGAGUACCAAGUCUAGCAAGUCUCAUACCUCCAAGUCUCUCAAGGCGCCUGGAUCUUCCAAACACGAUGCUACCGAUAAAAAAUCGUCUUAUCGGUCCCAAAAUUCUCCCAAAUCCGCCAAGUCCCGUGGAUCUGCUCUGACAAGAUCCAGAGGCGGUAAAGAAGCCGCUAUCCCUAAAACUGCUCAAACUGGAGGAAUGACGAUAAAACCAAAAAAGGAUGUUCAAAAGGCUUCGGAACAAGGUAAUUUUGGAACUAUAUACAAGGUCCAGGGCGGAGAUCGAGACGGCUGGUACGCCAAAUCGGAUGGACCCAACGGACAGAUUGGGAAAACUGAGGUUAAGGCGGUCAAAAAGGCAAUCACUGGUACUUCCACCAAGGGGAUAAACACGAAAACCUGGAUCAUUCAAGAGAACAAGGGA